AUGCGUAAAAAUGUUGAUAUUAGCUUUGAUUUAUUAUCAUUUUUGAAACCAUUCUCACCUAAACUCUGGUUAUUAACCUUAGGUACUACUAUGUGUGCUGGUAUUUUGUUUUGUCUAGCCGAGAGAGAAGAUAAUGAAGAAUUUAAAGGUAGAUCAAUAAUUUCUUUAUUUGCAAUGAGAAUAUGGUAUUGUUUUGGUAACCUUGUGGGAUAUGGUGCGGGUUUUAAUGCCAGUAUAGCUGCAGGACGUUUAAUAACUGUUGGUUUAUAUAUUUUAAGUUUAGUCUUAGUAGCAUCGUAUACGGCAAAUUUAGCUCUCGAUCUAACAAUUUCAAAAUCAAAGGGAAUUAUUUCGGGUCUUGAUGAUAUUAAAAGUGGUAAGAUACCAUCUAAUCGUAUUGGUAUUUGUAUACGUGGAGCUAGUGAAGCUUUUUAUUUAAGAGAAAACUCUGAAGGUCGUCGAAAUUACAUUCCACUAAAAGAUAAACAAGAAACAUAUGAUUUUGACGAAGGUUUUGAUAAAGGUAUAAUGAGCAUCGUUAUGUCUAAACAAUGGUCACAUAAACAAGAAUUAGGUAUUCAUAUAUUAUCAUUAAGAAAAUCAGGUGAUCUUAAUAAAUUAAAAGUCAGAUGA